AUGGAAAUGGAGACUGAUGACCGAGGCUUAUGGUGUCGCGUGCUAAAAUCUAAAUAUGAUGGAAGAUAUCAUGAGAAUGCUUCAACCUGGUGGAAGGACCUGUUUUCGAUUUGUUACGAAAGUGGAAGCAGCGAUUGGUUUGAUAAUUCAAUUCGUCGGAAGAUGGGAGAUGGAAACAGAACACAUUUUUGGUCUGUUGACUGGAGUGGUCAUGGUGCGCUAAAGGAGAGGUUCCCUAGGUUAUUCAACUUAUUAAAUCAACAACAAGCUCGAGUAAGCGAAGUUGGUUUGUGGGAGGAUGGUGUUUGGCAGUGGAAAUUGGAAUGGAGAAGACCUCUGUUUGGAAGGGAACUGGGAAUGUAUGAUCAUUUGAUUCCUUGGCUACCUGGUUUCACUCCCUGUGCAGGACAACCAGAUAGGUGGGCAUGGGUGAAGGAAAAUUCUGGCGUUUUCACAGUCAGUUCUGCCUAUGAUAUCCUCCGUAGAGAGUUUGAAGACUUAGAAGUUCUGCCGGAUAAUGGAGAGGACCAUUUUUCCCAGCAUGUGAUUGGUAACAAAAAGAUGGACAAUAUUUACAGGAUGAUUUGGGUGGCAACUGUGGCUUCAAUUUGGUCUCUUAGAAACAGAAUUGUUUUCAAGGACGGGAUAGCAAACAUUGAAGGGAUUCUUGAGUCAAUUCAGUAUCAAACCUGGUUGUGGUGUAAAGUUAAGGUUGGUGGCUUUUACUACUCUAUCUUUGAAUGGACAAUGAAUCCUCUGGUCUGUCUGAAUUCUAUUAACUCCUAA